AUGACUUGGUCAUCCAAUGGAAUAACAAUUGCUGGUUCAUCAUUAGGCUUGUCAAACAACACUGCAGCAUAUCUUAAUAUGCCGCAAGACGUAUUCAUUGAUCAGAAUGGCACUCUUUAUGUCUUAGACAGUGGAAAUCUUCGGGUGCAACGUUUUUUUCGCAAUUCGACUAUUGGAACAACAAUCAUCAAUGGCACUUCUGGUUAUAAACUGAAUCAAUUCUAUACCAUGAAUGGUAUUAGUGUAGAUCUUAGUGGAAAUAUUUAUAUUCUUGAUCUUGAAAAUGAACGUGUAACUAAAUGGAUACCUGGUGCAAGUAAUGGAAUAGUCGUCGCUGGUGGAAAUGAUAUGGGCGAUCGUAGUAAUCAACUAUAUCUUCCUUGUGGAUUUUUUAUUGAUCCCAUUACAUUAUUUAUUUGGAUUGCUGAUACAUAUAAUAGUCGGAUCGUUCGAUGGGAAUCUCCAUCAACAAGUAUUAUUGUUUGUGGAAGUAAUGGAACAAGAUCGGACCAAUUCUACUUACCAUUCGGACUCUUUGUUGAUACAAUUAAUUCGAACACGAUUUAUGUUGCAGAUACAUUUAAUCAUCGAAUUCAAAUGUGGUUACAAGGAGCACCUAACGGCACAACAGUGGCUGGCCAAACAGGCGUUUGUGGUUCAGGGCUUAACCAACUAUGUUUUCCAUCGUCAGUCAUUAAAGACAAAAAUGGGUAUAUAUAUAUUGCAGAUUCUACGAACUAUCGCAUUAUGCAAUGGAAGAUAGGAUCAACUUCUGGUACGAUGAUAGCUGGAAUCAUAUAUUAUGCAACAUUGCCAAAUCAAUUGUAUUAUCCAUUCAAUGUUAAAUUUGAUCCAAAUGGAGAUCUUAUUGUUGCUGAUACUUAUAAUAAUCGUGUUCAAAAAUUUGUCGGUUCUUGUAUAAAAACUACCGCAACUAGUAGUACGUCUAAAACCGGUACUUCGGCAAGUACUACCAGUACAUCAUCAGCAACAACGAGCGUAGCAACUAGUACUACUGACAGAACAACCAGCAUAAUAACUAGUUCUACUAGUACAAUCUCGACCAUUACAACAGGAACAACUAGCACUACUAGUACAACUUCCACUAAUACUACAGCGACAACAAGUACUACAAGCACGUCGGUCACAAUCAGUACUAAUAGUACAAGUUCGACAAGUACCACCAGUACAAUUUCGACAACGAAGACGACAACUACCAGUACAUCAAAUUCGAGUACUUCCACAAGUACUACUUCAACUAGUAGUAGUUCAAGCUCAACAACAACAGCAGUUUUAGCAACAAUAACUUGUUUACCAGUAUGUUUAUAUUGGGAUUGUUGGAUAAAUGUAACAGCAACUAUAAAUCCAAAUACUAUUACACAAACAACAACAGAUUCAUCAUAUGAUAUUCAGCUAUUAUCAUUAAGAAAUUCUAUUAAAGACCUUCAAGAUGAAAACUAUCGUUUGAAAUUAUGUUUAGGUUUAGGAUUUGGCAUAUUAAUAGCAGGACCAGUGGCUGUUGGUACCUUUAUUUAUUUUUCACGACGGUAA